GAAAUCAGUAUCUGGACGAAAUCACAGUGGUGAUGGGCGUGUGAACUGUGCGCCAAGAUUAAUCCAUACCGGGCACCAAUGGUAAUACGGCCACACCUGGUUGAUUUCACAGCAUUUUGGCUUGAACCUUUUUCCCGAUAUUACUCGUGAUAAAAGCUAACCUCGUGCCGUAGCUCAUGGGGUCAGAGCGGUUGGAGAUGGGGAAACGUCCGCCGCAGGAGGCCGAAAAUGCAGCCCAGACGCGUGUCAUCGCGCCUUCCAACACACACGUGCGUGACAGCGUCAACACACACGCGCUCGGCUGGCUGAACGCGCCCCCGAACGCCUGCUGCUUCUGCUGGUGUUGCUGCUGCAGCUGUUCCUGCCUUACAGUGCAGGCUUCCAAGGAUGAAAAGAUUCAGGAGCGGAUGUGUGAAAAACAAAGCGAGCCUGAGGUGGAGGAUCUACCUGGUCCCACCCUAGAUGAAGCCCGUCUGUGGGCUCAGUCGUUCGAACAUUUGAUUAAGAGCGCACGCGGCAGGGACCACUUCCGGCAGUUUCUUAAGACUGAGUUCAGUGAGGAGAACCUGCUGUUCUGGCUGGCCUGUGAGGAGCUGAAGAAAGAGACCAACAGAACUGUGGUGGAACAGACUGUUAAGCAAAUAUAUGAAGACUACAUCUCCAUACUGUCACCAAGAGAGGUGAGCCUGGACUCUCGCGUGCGAGACGUGAUAAACAAAAACAUGCUGGAGCCAUCGUCACAAACCUUUGACGACGCACAGCAGCAGAUAUACACACUCAUGCAGCGAGACUCCUACCCACGAUACAUGAACUCCAGCAUGUAUGCCGAGCUGAUCAAGAGCCUGGAAACCCCUGACCUGCCCAACGAGUCUUAACACAUGCACACUCAGGCACACACCCAGACAUGUGUACCUGUGUGCUCAGAAUCUACAGCACACACAGCUUUUGAACAAUUAUACUCACACAUAUCAUCAAAUGCCUAGGACAGUCCAUUUCUUGGCCAGUAAACCCAUUCAACACAAAGCAAACAAAACCUUUAUAAAAAUGUCAGCACAGUAAAAUUGCUCUACACACAGAGUGCUCUGCAUCAGGCUAAACUUGGAAACAUUGACACACUCUUCACAUCCUCACUUUACAAUGUCCCUUAUGUACUGUAAUAAGGUUCUUGUGUAUUUUUAUAACACUUUGAGUCCACAAAGCUAUUAGAUAUUGGUUGAAAAUGGAAAACAGUAGUAUUGUGCUUUGGGAUUAGGGAUACACUAACGAUAUGAAGAUAUAUGAAUAUUUAUUUUCUGCCACACUUGUGCAUAGGGCGCUAAAAUGGCAGACUUAUACUUGUGCCUUGCUAUAAAUAUAGAGGACGUGGAUUAGGAUAUAGAUGUUCUCAAUAUAAAGUUCACUACAAAUCAAGGUGCUUUCAAUUAUAGUAGAACAGAGAAAGUUAUGACUGUAUAAACAGACUUAAAUAUCUAUCUGUCGCACACAUGCACAGACAUUAAAGCAAAACUGAUCUACUUGGACCAAACUCAGAUUUUUGAUCUCAUAUUUAUGACUACAUGCAUGUUUUUGAAGUUCUGAGAAACCAUUUGAUACAUUCACAUGUGUAUACAGGUUAGACUGUAUAAAGAGAGAUAAAUCAAUAAUAAAGCACAA